UAGUAAGACGGAUGAAUUUUGUGCAUUAACUAUGUUACUAGCUUUGGAUGGUGCCCAUCCUAGGCGUCUAUACAAACAGCAUGCUCUAAAUGCCAAGGGUAAAAUUACGGGUAUAUAAGAUCAAUGUCAAACUUCCCAUCCAGAUCUUUCUCCGAGAUCUACUUCCAAAUCAAAGUAAAAGCCAGUAUCUUAUUGCGCAUAUCAAAACAUUACUUAUCCCAUCAAAUAGAAAAUACAACAUUUCUGGCACAUCAGCAAUAAUGCUCUUCACAAAAACUCUCCAGGUCGUUACUGCAAGCUUCACUGCUUUGGUUGCUACAUAUCCGCUUCCUGGUAAGCCUAUCUCCAAAUUUGCUACAUCGGGCCUCUUCUAAAAGUCGUAGAUACUCAGGCAAGAGAUCUCAUCCAAGCUGGAGGUUUCGAAAAACGAGCCUCGAAGGCCACCUCUUUGAAUAUUCCUGAGCCUGGUUUAUUCCUCAGAAAAGAUCCUCUUCCAGCAAAUAAGAAGAUAGAUAUCCCUGAGCCUGGCUUAUUCCUCAGAAAAGAGCUUCUUCUAGCAAACAAGGAGGCGGAUAUUUCUAAGUCGGGAUCAUUCGCAUAACUGGUUGUCUAUUGCUCUAUCAAAUUGCCAACCCCUGGCAAGAUAUGACAGGACAGACAUGCAAGCGGUUUUUUCUGGCUCGAGUCAUGGGAAGAGCUGCAAAGGGCUCCUCCGGAUGGGAUCUUCAUUGUAAUAGUGCCGUUUGAAAGC